AUGAAGCAUCAUCUGACUUUCCGAUCCGAAGGUUCUGUGAAGAGACUGUGUGAACUUGUUUUUGUGAUGGCAACGGAUGAUGAGCAGGUUCCUGGCAAAGGAGCAUCCCUUGAGACAACUUCGACGUCACCGGAAAGCAUUUCUCACUCUGUUGCGUUGAGAAGACCGCGUCGAAAGAAUGCCGGUAGAAAUAUGGGAUCUCUUCUGAAUGAACUUGCUGCCAAAGAAGGCAUGUACUGGCUUUCGAACAACCGCGAGAAAGAACGCGGGAAUCAGACAUUUUCAAGUUUUCUCAAGUCCCUGGAAGAAGAAAGCGAUUCCAGAUUUGACGAUUUGGAACGAGCUGAUGGCUACCUAAGGGAUUGGUCUGAUGACGAACAUGAAGAAUUUGAGCAGCAUCCAAAUCUCGGGCGAGCUAAAAAAUUUGAAGUUCUCACGCGUAAAGCAAUUCAACUAUUAGACGUCGAUGCAACGGUUGAAAGCGGAUCUUCAGCAUCGUCAAUGAAAUUCCUAAGUGACGCAGAGAAGUUUAGUAAACUGCGAGAAAAGCUACGUCUUCGGAAGCUGGAAAGAAUCGUAUCACAAUCUUCAAAAUCCGGAAGAGAGGAAGAAAAACGGUCGUCUUGUAGAAAUAUGCCGUUUCGUAAAAUCUCAGAAGAAAAAAGUAGAAGAAUUUUGGAAAGAUUGCAGUCAAAAUUGAGUAGAGAAGAACAAAAAAUUAGGAUUGCCCAAUUGAAGGCACGGAUGCGACCAUCAAUACGUUUUUGUAGCAUGAGUCUGCGUUUGAUUCCGGAAACUGCAGUUGUCGAACCUGUGCGGGAAACUGUUCGAGGAGGAAAGGGCAAGCAUGAUGUCAUAGUUAAGGAGGAACCCCUCGAUGAAGACAAAGCGGAUGUUGAUGAAUCGAGUUCGACCCAGGGAUCGGCGGAACCUGAUAAUCGCGCAAUGAACGACAAUUUUCAACAAGUCCAAACGGUCGUUAUUUCCGAUAUCGCACAACCUAAAUGUGAGAAGGAAUCAUCUGUGAAGGAAGAAAUCAGUGAAUCGGAAACUGCUGCAGCGAAACGAGCUUUUAGUCUUGUCAAUGGUGCGAAUGAGACCCAUUUGAACGUGAUUAAAAGCGAACAUGGGGAAAAUCCGACGGAAAUCUCAGUUACUGGCGUGUGUCGCGCUGGUGCUAGUUCAGUUUCAGAAAACAGUGAGGAGUCGUGUGAACGAUUGGUGAAUUUAAACGUUCUCACCUUCCCGGAUGACGAAUCGUUCAGACGUGUAUUCCCUGCGAAACAAGCGCAACGCAUUCGUUCUUUGUGUCCGAUCACGCUUCUACCGGCACGCUACGUUGAUCCGUUGACAAAGGCGAGUCAAUCUAUUUUGAAAGAUCCUGCAGACCGAUUGCAUAUUCCAUACUACGAUGCGGAAGCAUUCAAAGUCAUUCGAAGCAUAUACAGUGGUAAACACGCUGAUGUUCUUUCUGCGUCGAGAGUUGCUUCCAAGAAGAAACGUUUGAUCCGCAAGAGGAGGCAACGUUAUUCUGAAGUUACGGAAAAAAUUACCGGAGAAUAA